ACUAGUGGAAUACUCAGGCUGCAUAUUUAAUUGUCUCCUCAUUAUUGAUUUUGCAUACAGGAAAGACAUCUCGUAUGUCACACCACCAAGUUUCCAACAUAUAUAUCUUCCCUCUUCUAAAUUCCGCAUUUCCCGUCCAUCAAACGAAGGGAAACAAACAAGAGAACAAAAAAAAAAAAAAAACCCUCCAGAGAUCAUCAUCUCAAUCAAACAUGGCUGAAGAAUGCGCAGAGAAUUCAGUAGCAACUUCUUCUUCCUUGGCCGUCGUGCCACAACCUAACUGGUGGGAUCUUCAUGGAGCUGGAUCGGCUCUCUCUUCAUGGUGUAAUAAUAAUAACAGUAAUACUACUUCGAGCAAUACUAAUAAUCUAAAUACAUGGCAUCACCAAGCUGCUCCGCCGCCUAACCCUAGUUCCAACUCCGAUGAGGAUGUUUCGAUCUCGACUUCCUUCACCACCAACGCCUCAAACCACUCGGGCCUCACCGUCGAAUCGUCUCGCCGCCUUGUGGAGCCGGCGGCUUCUUCCAGCGAUGACUUGAUUGCGCCCGAGCAGCAGGCUCCUUCCGAUAGUCAUAUUUGGAGCCAUGUCUUUUUAAAUGUUGGAAGUAAUGGAGAUUUGCAAAAUCAUCACGACGUGGGAGAGAACUUUCUGGACAUGUUAUCAUCCUCAAAGACCAUGUAUGAUCCGGCGUGUAAUUACUUGAAGAAGCUGGACAGUUCUUGGGAUCAUGACUUCUCAAACUCUUCGUCCACUUUCAACAACUUUACAGAUCACAAACCACUAAACGGUUUCAACGACACCAUGAAUGUUGAAAACGAAAGGCUAACAAAUAAGUUGUCAAGCCUCAUCAGCACAUGGUCUAUUGCACCACCCGAACCCGAAAUCAACGAUAAUCGCCUUUUUAGCCCUCAAACGUGCGAUAUCUCCUUGAGUUCUUCCAUGAAUCAUCAUCACUUCUCACAAUCACAUAAUCUUGGCCAGUUAAAGCCGACGCUUGGUGAUUCGGCCGGAUUGUUUCCUCCAUGUUAUUUUCAUAAUAUGAAGGUCGAAAACGGGCAUGGCGGUGGAGAGAUGGAAGCCCCAGCUUCGGCGGCCACCACCGGAGCCUUACUGAGGAGAUCCUUAAACAGUUCUAAUGGGUCUACUGGAUACCAAGUUGGCCUUAACGGCUCACCAAAUAUGGCCGUGGAUAACGUGAAAUACCAUUAUGGGAUGCCUAGUAAAAAUUUUGCAGAUGUUAUAUCUUUUGCCGGUCGAUUAGGAAAGCCCUUGAUUGCUACUGAUGGACCUAAUAAUAAGCCUUCUGUCAAGUCUUUGAGUUUGUCUGAUUCUAAAAAACAAGGUCUUCCGACUUCUUCUCCACAGACAAGAGGCAGUACCGGAAGAGGACAGGGAAAUACAAACAAUGAAGGGAAGAAGAAAAGGUCUGAAGAUACUAAUUCAGAAACAAGCUUGAAGAAACAGAAGCAAGAAAGUUCCACGGCUUCUUCAGCAAAGAUACAGGCACCAAAAGUCAAGCUUGGAGACAGGAUCACCGCCCUUCAGCAAAUUGUGUCCCCUUUCGGAAAGACUGAUACGGCGUCAGUGUUAUACGAAGCAAUUCAAUACAUAAAGUUUCUUCAAGAGCAAGUGCAGUUAUUGAGUAAUCCGUACAUGAAAACCAACUCACAUAAGGAUCCAUGGGGAAAUUUUGAUAGAAAGGACCAUUUUAAGGGAGAUCACGUAAAGCUUGAUCUGAGGAGUAGAGGUCUUUGUUUAGUUCCGGUGUCAUGUACGCCUCAGGUUUACCGUGAGAACACUGGAUCCGACUACUGGACUCCAACAUACCGGGGCUGUUUGUACAGAUGAAUAUUUUAGGUUCUGCCCUAUAAUUUUCUCGUAUUUCUUAGCUAGCUAGCUAAAUCACACUGAUAAGUGAAAACUGGUUUUGUUAUAUAUUAUAAUUAAUCGGGGAGGAGACAAAUUAUACUCUCUUAGAGUGCGUGAGUCUAAAUUUUUACUCAUUAUUCUUGAUUAAUGUUCUUUUAUAGUUAAAUAAUUAUAUCAAUUAAAAUGGUAUUAAUCAAGAAUAAGAAGUAAAAAUUAAGACUCAUGCAUUCUUAACGUCAAGUUCAGUAAUUUUGUCUAAUUAUAUCAGCAGUUUCAAAGUGACGCAUCCCAGUCCUAAAAGCCUAUCUGCAUGAGAAAUGAUCAGUCAACCAUAUAUAUGUAUAUAUAGUUGGUAGGUUAUUUGGUACUUAUAAUCUUCUUGUGAUCAAUAUUGUAUAACUUCAUGAG